AUGUUCUGGGGAAAGCAUCACGACGACACGCCCGAAGCGGCCCAACAACCACCCAUUCCUCGCAAGAAGCUCCCUUCGCAUUUACAAACCUUGGCCGACCACGACGACGGCUUCUACGAUGACAUCUAUUCCUCCUCCGUAGACUCGACCGAAACUCCCUACCGCUACGCCGGUUACGCCAACCGUCUCCGCACUGUUCUUCUCUCCGCCCACCGCUAUGUCGCCUACACCUCCGACAUAGGCGAAUCCUUUCGCCCCGUCGCCCACCCCUGGCUCGUGCGAUCCGCCUAUGCCAUCUCCUGGACCUAUCUAAUUGGCGAUGUCGCCCACGAAGGCUACAAAGCCUACCUCCGCAAUCGCCGCGUCCUGGCUCCUCCCUGUGAGGCCUACAAGGACGCCAGCGAUCUCACCCACGACAAAAUCGCCAAGGGCAUGGUGACCGGCAACAUCGCCGGCUCCCUAACAGGCGGCGAUACGCUGAUGCCAUGGCCCACGACUCACGUGCCUCUGGCUGAGGACUACCGCACGGUGAUGGCCCAGCGCGCCGUGUUCCAGGGUAUCGCCAGUAUGGGUCUGCCGGCCUUUACUAUCCACUCUGUGGUCAAGUACUCCGGGCGCAUGUUGAAGAACUCCCGGAGUGUCUUUUUCCGCACUUGGGCGCCUAUCGGGCUCGGUCUCUCCGUCGUGCCUUUCCUCCCGUACCUAUUCGACAAGCCCGUCGAAGAGGCUGUCGAAUGGGCUUUCCAUACCGGACUCCGUGCCUAUGCCGGUGAAGAUGCCGUGCGUCCGCUACCUCAGGCCGUGAGAACUCCUCACGAUGAGGACACCUCCCUCAGCCACUUCCUUAAGCUCCAGGCCGAGAAGAACAACGGCGAAGUCAUGGGCCACGACGCUAACCUCUCCUGGGAGCAGUACAAGGAGGACCGCCGUCGAGCUAAGGAGCAGCGGAUGCAGGAGCGUGAGCAGCGCGGCGAGGCCGGCCCGCUGGCCUUACUGGGUUUCGGGUCUAACUCGAAAGAAAAGAAAGAGUGA